AGAUGUGUUGUAAGCAUGUGUGUGUGUAUGUGUGUAUAUAUGACUUCACAGCACUAACAUAGACCUGGUUCAAUGGAAAGUAGGUCAGUCACUUUCACUUAUUAUUACAUUGCAGUGGCAGUAAUCAUUUCGUGCUGUACCGACUCAGAGGCCGGACGCUCAAGGGUUCCGUAGUCGCCCGAAUCUGGUCAGUUUCGUUGCGUUGUCGAGUGAGUUCGGAUGGACGUUGAACAGUCCCGACCCAGACCUACUUUUCGUUUCGCCUACUCGACAUCGCGUGUGCUGUGCUCAACUUAUACAUUCUGGAUUACCGGAUUUUGAUUGCAAAUAACUACGCGUAGUGCCUCCAGUGGCAUGCAAUGAUAAAACCGUGCAUCUUUGCAUUCGGCUUGUGUAGAUGACAAAUAUUGCGCUGCUUUUCAUGAGAAAUGUUACUUGACAUGGAGAACCAUCCAACAUUGCUGCCUAUGAACAUGACUCCCUAUGUUACGAACCAAGGGGAAAGUCCAAUGGUUUCUCAGGCCUCCAGCCCUCUGAACCAUUACGGCUCUACCCCAGUAUCAUUGCAGUACAAUAGUUGUCAGCAAUCUAUGGGGAUGAACCAACAUCAUCCCAACAUUAUGAUGCAUCAACCUUUGUCGUCCAUCGAUUCAUCGUAUUUAUUUUCUUCAGGAACCCAUACGCUUGGCGGAAUCGAGAUGGGUCCGUCUUUCCAAAUCUCGGGUCCCGCCUCAUCCAUAUCAGGGGGCGAGAUUUCUGAUACGAAGGAGGGAAUCGAAGAACUGUGCCCGGUUUGCGGAGACAAAGUGUCCGGUUACCAUUACGGAUUAUUAACGUGCGAAUCGUGUAAAGGAUUUUUCAAAAGAACUGUGCAAAACAAAAAGGUGUAUACUUGUGUGGCUGAUCGAAAUUGUCAUAUUGACAAGACGCAAAGAAAGCGAUGUCCAUUUUGCCGGUUUCAAAAGUGCUUGGAAGUUGGAAUGAAACUAGAAGCUGUUCGAGCCGAUCGCAUGAGAGGGGGACGCAACAAAUUCGGACCAAUGUACAAAAGAGACAGAGCACGAAAAUUACAACUGUUAAGACAAAGGCAACUAGCAGUGCAAACCCUGCAGGGGUCUCAAGUAUCGUCUAACGUUAUGUAUAGCAAUCAACCUGGUACCUCACCGUUUGGUAGUCUACAUAUCAAGCAGGAAAUUCAAAUACCUCAGGUUUCCAGUUUAACCUCAUCUCCGGACUCUUCGCCUUCCCCAAUAGCGGUAGCACUUGGACAGGUGAACUCCCAGAUGCAACAGCUCUCCGGCAACACUCCAUCAACCCUCCAGAUCGUGGGAGUACCCAGCGGUCCCACUCAGAAUCCCAGCAUCGAUCAAAAAUUGUGGGGCGCGGCCAACUCAACAACGACGUCGCCUCACUCACUCAGUCCGAAAUCCUUCCAGUUCAACUCGAUGGCACCGAAUGUGCCCCAAAACAAAGUAUCGCCUAUGAUUCGGGACUUCGUUCAGGCGGUAGACGAUCGGGAAUGGCAAAACUCGUUAUACAACUUACUCCAAAAUCAGACGUACAAUCAGUGCGAGGUGGACCUUUUUGAACUAAUGUGCAAAGUUUUGGAUCAGAAUUUGUUUUCGCAAGUUGAUUGGGCGAGGAAUUCGAUAUUUUUCAAGGAUCUCAAGGUUGACGACCAAAUGAAGCUACUCCAACAUUCUUGGUCGGACAUGCUGGUGCUUGAUCACAUGCAUCAGCGCAUGCACAACAAUCUACCCGAUGAAUCUACGUUACACAAUGGCCAAAAAUUCGACUUGCUUAACUUGGGUUUGUUGGGAGUUCCUACACUGGCAGAUCACUUUAACAACAUUACUGCCAAAUUGCAAGAAUUAAAAUUCGACAUCAGUGACUACAUAUGCGUGAAGUUUAUGUUGUUGUUAAACCCAGGUAAAAUGCACGGAAUGGUAAAAUACUUGCUUACAUAUCUAACUGAUUAUUCUUCUGCAGAUGUGCGAGGCAUCACGAAUAGGAAACAUGUCCAAGAAGGCUACGAACAAGUUCAACAGGCCUUGCUGGAAUACUGCUUAGCAUGUUAUCCACAAAUUCAGGAUAAAUUCAACAAAAUGCAGUCGAUACUGCAGGAGAUCCAUUCACUGGCUUCAAAGGGUGAAGAACAUCUGUAUGUCAAACAUUGCAAUGGUUCCGCUCCAACGCAAACAUUAUUGAUGGAAAUGCUUCACGCUAAGAGAAAAUAACACUCUGAGAUGGAGCGCUUAAUUUUCAAAAACAAGUUACCAUUGCCGCACAAUAACGGUAUUACCAGUGCCGAAACUGUAUAUAAACAAGUGGAAAUCUCAGUAAUUGACUAUUAACCGCUGCAAAACUAUAGUUCAAAAGCAAAAGACUUGGACUAUUUGCGGGAUAGGAAAAAAACUCCUAACAUAAGCACUGCCAGUUUAUAGGACACUUUUGUUGAAUGUAAUACAGACGGGCGUUUAACGAUUUGGAGAAUGAUGAUUGAUUUGAUGAUGAAUGUGAGAGCGAAGGAGAAAAGGCUUAGACCGAAAGUAACAUUUCCUAUAAGCUGGCCUAUCAAGCAACAAAUUAAAGAAACGAAAGCAGAAAAUCUGAAAAAGUUGCCUUCACUAAGUACAAAAAGUCCUUGGGCGGCAAAGGAUCGCGAAACUUUUCCUUAUAUUUAUGAGACAACGUUUACUUAUCGUUUGCUACUUAGCGUCCACAGUACCACUACUCAUCUAAAUAUAGGAGGAAUUACUGGCUUUAUUGAGUCGAAUUACAAUCGCUCUCGCUCCUACACAUAACCUUUGCUUAGUAGUCUUAAGCCACAUCCUAUCUUUCUAGGUCUAGGAAUUGAAUGGAUAAAACAGAAAAAUUAUCGAUAUACAAAUAUCUGUGAUACGUCAUAACUCUAUUAGAUACAAUAUUUUACAGAUAUUUUGUUCAAGUAGAAAGAAAAAUGUAAUUUAAACUUUGUACUCUAUUUAUUCAUUUUUGUUUUUGAUACUCUAGCUCAUUUUAUUUCAAACUUUAUGACAACUGCAGCCAAAUAAGCAAAACAUUAUCAGUUGAAAUGCCUAACAUUUCUUUUAGAUCAAAGUCUCAAUAAUAAAACAGACUCAUGCACUGCAUGAAUUUAAGUAAGAUGAUUUUUCACACUCGACAAUAAGCACUCGAUUUACAACGAAUAUUUUGUUGUUUCAAAGAGUUAGUAGUUUUAUAUUAUCGGCAAAGGUUGUUGUGGGAACGAUUCGCAAUUCAUCUAGUUUCGUUUUAAGCGUGAAGGGAUGUGCCAUCCCAAAUAUUAUUGUUUAAAUGCUACACAUUCCAAAUGUGCUCCCUACGGGAUAAAAGGGCAUCAAUAGAUUUGUAAACUUUCGUGUAACGUGAAUGCGAGUGGCUGGAUAAAUGUGUUGCACGUAGCCUGACUGAAAAAGAUGCAACGCACACGUUCAUAGAGGCUUUAUUUUUCAAUAUCCCCAUCAGCCAUCAAAGCUGCAUAGUUUAGAUUGCAAGUAAAUGAAAGACAUUGUAAAUUAGCGAAGCAAAUACUCCGCGCUACCAUGACUUGAUACCCUGAUAUUCAGAAAUAUAGAAGCCUGUUUUUUUUUCAUUUGGGUCAGUCUUACUCUUAGUUCAACCGUGCUGAAAUACCGAAAAUCCAUACAGCGUUUUAAAGCAUUGAGGACUCAAACGCCAGUCAAAUUAAAAAAAACUGUAUAAGUAAUUCUUAAACUUUUUACACUCUAUAUGACACAUGCAAGACAUUUUUUUUAUCUAAAUCAAUUCAUGCGUGGUGUCAUUUUAUAGUUUGAUUACUUCGUUAAAGAAACGAAAGAUGGUAUGGUAUAGAUUUUCAAGCUCUAAAUGACUGGUCAUUGCUUUUAUGAAAAUUCUCUAUCAACUGCGUAUUUUGCUCUUUCUCAGUCAAAACCUUCUUAGUCUGUUAGAUUAACAUUUUUCGCGGUGAAGGACUAACAAUGUGUUUAACGUAAUUACGACUGCAACUGGUAAUUAAGUAUUAUAGUGUGAAUACUGUUGCGUUUUUAGAAUAAGCAUAAUAACGUGUCACAUUAAUAUCUACUUAAUGUGGGAUAACCAAGAGUGUUCGGUACUGUGGUCGUUUUUUCACCUUUAUAAAGAGCCCGUGGAAUAAUUCUCUUUCAUCAUCUAAUUUUAGACUUGCUGGUUACGUAUAGUGGUGGUCACUAUAAGGCAAACAGAUCGUCUAGUUUUUUUAAAUAAAAUUUUAUUGGCAGUAGUAAGAAAUUGUAUUUGAAACAUCGAGACAUCGUAUUACAAUUUGUUAAGCCGUACAUAACCGUUUAUUAUUUACUUAAGUUUAAUAUUUUUAUAAAAUUGUGAUAAUACGGUGUUAGAGAGUAGCUUAGAGUAAGGGUAAAAUGCGUUUAAGGUCGGAUAUGUAGCAAAAAAUAUUCUUAUAGAUGUACAUAGAAAAGCCUUUAAAAAAGCUACCAUAUUUUUUGUUCAGUUUAAAAUGCCAUUAAGAGCACAAACUGUCUGUUGAUGUGUAAUGGACAAUAUCUUUUAUUGAAUUUGAAACGCUGAUGGAAUAUGUGGAAGCCCAUUUUGUACUUUUGAGCAUGUAUUUUGUUGGAAGCUAAGUUUAGCUUUAAAAACCUAUAAUUAAUUAUAGACAAUCCACAUUUAUGGAUAAUUAUUUUAUAUAUUGAUAUUUAUUAAUUGUCCAGUAUCUUUAUAUUUGUUUAAUAUAAGAUUGCUUUGCGUUAAUGCUGCAAUUUUAUUGAAGUGCAAAUUGGCUUUCCAAGUAUUUCAAACAGGUAUAUUUAGUGAAACACAAAAAUGUUCAAUCAAGUUAUUUAAUUAAAUGUGACUUUAUUCGUAGAAUUGUUGUUAAUUUGCGCUCUGUAAUUUGUUCAGAUGUACAUUUAAAAUGAUGUUUUCGGAAAACAAAAUAUACUUUUUGGUGUGAGAUAGUUCUAUAUUUUAAAAAAGAGAACUAGGUAUAUUUAUUUUUAUAUGCCCGUAACUGUGAUAAGGAACACACAUAAUUAUUAACUUAGCAGAAAAGAAUUUAUUACAUCACAAAGGAAUUUAUUUUUCCAUUUUUAACCAUCACGAAUAUUUCUUAUUUAUAAAUCAGGAAUUUGUUGCUUUAAUAGUGGCUAUUUGUUAGAAAAUACUUUUUUAUUCAACCUAUAAAUCCCAACAGGAAAAAACAAAUUUGCCGCAAAUUGUGUAAAUAUAGAAGAAGCCCUCCAAAGCAAAAGCGUAGUGAUAUUCGUCUUAAAAUGGUGCUUCGAAAAGAAUAUUAUAUUGCAGUGUUACCAGUUGUAAAGAGUAAAUAGCCUGUAUCACAAUUUUAUAGUUUGUAUCUACUAUUGUAUUAAUUUUAAAAAUGUAAAAAAUUGAUGUACGGUUGUUAACACAUCUAAAAUUCUUGUACAUAAUUUAAAAACGUUAUGAACAUACAUAAUUAUAAUAUUGUUAAGUAAAUACUAGAUUGUUACUGUUGAUAUGUUUGCGUAUAUGUACCAUCUAUAUUUUUUUUCAUACUGGGCUUCUUCAAGCUAACAGUGCAGAUGGCAAGUACUAUACCAAGUCCGCAGUACAAAAUUAAAAUAGUUAUUAAAAAAUUAAGAAAUAUGGAAUAUUUUCACGUUUCGUUUUUCAUUCUUUUUUGCUUUUGUGUUUCGAUUGGAAUAUGUCAAGAUUUUUUUCUUAAUCCCUCACUUAAUUUUAUACUUGCCCUGUGAACCGGUCGGAAAAAGCCCCCUUACUUAACAAGCUUACUUUGUCAAGAAAAAUACUAUACAUUUAUAUAUAAAAUUCUACACUUAUUUAAAAACAGUGUGAUUGAAAGGUUGUAAAUAUAAUUUAUGUGGACUACAGUGAAUUGUUUAUAGAAUAAAUCACUAUGAAAUUGA